CCGCACCCUACGUUUGGAGCCAUUGAAUCAGCAGUAUGGGCAUCCACCAAGGAUAGUGCUUGAUCCUUCAUGUCGACAGGUGACAUGCGAAAAGCGUGGCCUGGUGAACAUGACAUGUUCGAGAGAGUUGAUCUCAAAGCCAAGACCAAUCAAGCUAUCUUAGCUAGUUUGACGCUUCUUUGCCCAAUUCUAGAGCCCAUGGCCUCCGCCUCGUUGCUCGUACUCGCAGCACUUGCCUGCAACCUCGUGUGCGAUCCUGCGUGGGCGGAGAGGGUGAAGCAACAGCACCUGCAGUUGGAGCCACCCUCCUAUGUAGUUGAUGAAUGGACAGAAUACCUGAGCAGUCCAGAUGGUUUGUGGAUCAUGAAUAAGGCCGAAGCAAGAGCCAAGGCCUAUCAAGUGCUGGCCAACCCCUACCAUCCACGCUUGGGGGAAGUGAAGGAGAUGAAAGCGUUCAUUGCAAGUCCGGAUGGUUUGUGGGUGAGUGAUCGUCAGAAAGCAUUUGACAAAGCCAUUGCAAUUCUUUCCCGGCCACAUCCUCCAAACUUUGUUGAGUCCGUGAAGGCAAAGGCGAAAGAGCUAAAGUUCAAGCAUGGUCGCAAGCUGGGAUUUAAAAGAGCCGUAAAGCUCAGCUAUGGUGGUGGCGGUUACAACCAAGGCGGCUACAACCAUGGUGGCUACCACCACGGUGGCUACAACCAAGGUGGCUACAACCAGGGCGGUCACAAUGGUGGUUCCUAUGGCCACCACAACCGCUGGUAGCCACAGGGAACUGCGGCGAAAAGUCAUCAUAGACCAAUGCACACCAAACGUGCUGGCAUGGACAAUUGCAUUUUACGCAAAAAGGCCGUGCCGCCGUUUCACGAGCUUUUUUCUACCUAGUCUUGUUCGGUAAUAUGUAAGUCUUCCUAGUUUGUUUAGACAAGUUAGCUUUUUCUGCGUUUCAAUGUAUACUUGGAUGUGGCAUGACGUGGC